CCCCGCGUUUAUCUAAAUGAGGAAGAACUUGAAUUAAAAGUGAAACAAUGUAACGUUCGAGCUACACAGAUUCGGGAGCGUGUGCAGUUCACGUGCGUGUUCAUAAACAAAGAAAUGCCCGUUCUCAGCUGAAAACCAUGUUGUAUUGUCGAUUUCUGCUGCUUUGUUUUUAUCUGUUAUAUUUCUGCGCUGCGUUUCGCGUUAAUGCAACGUCUCCUCCGAGAAAUGCGAAAUCCUCUGAUAAUCUGCAGCACAUAGACUCUGCGGAGCAGAAUGCAGGUAGCACCAGAUACAAAAGAAGGUCCACUGAAGGUCUGGAGGGGUUUGAACCUGGUGAUGUUGCUCCUGCUUUCCAGGUGCAAACUCUGGACGGAGUGUUUAUUUACAGUCCUCAGAACGACUCGAGGAGUGUGCUCAUCGUUCACGCGUUCACCAAUAAAUCCGCCUUUCUGGAGUGUCUGUGGACGUGGAGCGAGUCUCUGUCGGACCUGCUGACAUAUCUGCCGUCCAACACUGAAGUCCUGCUGCUGUCCCUGGAUGACACUGCGCUGCAGGACGCCCUCUGGAUGAGAGAACAGGUGUACAGAGCCGCAGCUCAUGGAGGAAAAGAGAUCUUGUCCAGACUGCAUUUCUCUCCUACUCCUGUGUCUGCGCUGGGUAACUGGUUACCCAGAGUUCUGUACUCAUGGGGAUGUGGUGGACACAACUGCGGCCUCGCUCAGGUGCUUUUCUCCUCUCCAGACUGGAGCGCACCGGUGAUCACCAAGCGUCUCAAUGCCCGAUACGACUGGCUGAAUGGACGCUGGGGUGCAGAUCCUUACAGACUGCUGGAUGCAGGUGAUGCUUGUGAACCUGUAGCAUCUAUCAAAGGUGCAGUCGCGUGGGUAUCUGAGGGUGGCUGCUCUUUCUUCACAAAGAUAAAAACCAUGGCUGAAUCGAACGCUACCGGAGUGCUGGUGUAUGCAUUACCUGGGAAUCCCAUACAGGACAUGAACUGCUUAGGAGACGAUUGUUCCACCUCCAUCAACAUACCUGCGUCUAUGGUCCAUAUCGAACCAUCUGUCACUCAAGCACUGCGAAAGGGACGCCCUGUGAAUGUGACAUUCCAGGUCACACCUUCUCCAAACUACUUCUUCGCGAUCAACCAGAAGGGGGCGCUGUCUGAGAUGGGCUGGUUUCUCUACCCCACCUUUAGAUUCAUGGCCUGGCAGGCUCAGUGGUUCACAUUCAAUGAGGCUCUGCAGGAGCAGCUGAGUCAGCCUGCCGUUAUAGUGCCUGUGUUUGAUCGUCAUCUGAUGCAGGGAGAGACGGGAGCUCAAGCAGUGGUGGAUCUGCCUGGAGAUUUCAUGGAUUAUGAUAUUCUGGAAUUGGACGCCUCCCUGUCCUGUCCCGGCCGCAGGGACGAGACAUGUGCUCACUGGGAUCACACCGUACAGCUGUACGUAUGCUGCGAUCGCACCAGCCCAUACUGCAACCUGGAGCUCGGGCGCUGGAUAACAGCCUUCCGCAGAGGCACAGGUCAUUGGCUGACGGAUGUUUCUCCUUUGAUUCCCCUGCUAAAUGACAAGAAAUGUGUCUUCACCAUGAAGACUGUGCCAUGGGCCAUGCCAUGGAUGACGUCUCUCAAUCUACGCUUUAGUUACAGCAACCAGACAGGUAAUUACUCAGACAGACUGUACCCUUUCAAGGUAAUGUCACUCUUCCCUGGGGGGACGUUUGACAAGGACUAUAACAGCAGAUACCAAGAGAUCAAGUUCAGUCUUCCAGCUUCAACAAAGAAGGUGGAGUUAUAUGCUGUUAUCACGGCUCACGGGUCUGACGAGAACUUCUGUGGUGAAUUUUGUGUGACAUCACAUCAUUUCCUGAUCAACAGAUCCGUCAAUAACACCCUCGUGUUUGAGUCAGCUGGAUCACCUCUGGGCUGUGCCAUGUGGGUAUCUGAAGGAGCUGUGCCCAAUGAACACGGGACCUGGUUGUAUGGCCGCGGAGGCUGGUGCGACGGGCUCCAGGUGGAUCCAUGGAGGACCGACAUCACUUCCCAGCUGGACCUGAGUGGAACCAAUUCUGUCCUUUACUUUGGACUCUUUGAAGAACGCAAUCCAGAUCCAAAGACUAAUCCGGGGUACAUUAUUAUGUACUCCUUUCUAGUGUUUUAUAAAUGAUUUCACAGACAGAAAAUUCAGCAGAAUUUAAUUCUCACUUUUUUGGCAGCAUUUUCCUACAUUCAGAAUCAUUUGUUGAUUUUAUUUUCAUUUUAGUAUUCCCUAAUGCUGCUUAUUUUUGAAAGGUAUUUUCGUUUAUAAAUGCUUUCUGACAUGAUUAAAUUUAUCAUAAUUUUUAAAGCAGUUGACACCUGAGAUUAGACAGUCACAUAAUCACACAUACAGUAAAUUGACAGAUCUUUUUCAAAUAAAUGGUGUCUUGAGAGAUACACAUCAGUCUCACUUAAAUCAUUUAUUUGCAUUACUAGCUGUGUGUACUAAAUUACUGACUCAAACCUAGUAAGCUGCAUAUUUAGGCAGCAUUUUAAGGCAUCACAGGUGCUCUCAAUGCAAAGUCUGGUCCAAAAGGUAGGAAUUAUGAUGUUUUCUAAGAUACUGUACUUUCUUUUCGCUCUCAUUUGUGAAGAAAGAAAUCCCAUAAUGCCAUCCAAAGAUCUCAGUAAAAAUACUGAGAAGUAUCUUGAAAUCUAAAUCCAUUUGAGUUAUGAUGAUGGCUUAGAAGGCAGCUGUCUAUGUAGGUAGCUUACUAGAUUUAGGAACGUUGUUUCACAUAGUGCUCUUUAGUAAAAACUGUCAUCAGUCAUUCUUCUAAAGUCUUGCUACUCUGAAGUUUUUUUUUUUCUUCUGUGUGACAAUUAUGUGUAAUUACACAAAUCUCCUGUAGCUUCUUAACUUCAAAUGAAAGGAGGACCAGCAAAUCUUGAUCUUCAUUCUUGAGUGCUUUUCACUUUCAAGGAGCCCUGAUUUUGAGGACCGACCCUUUGUGACACAUUACCUGAGUCACACAGAGAUCAUUCUUGCCCAGCCUCAGUAGUUUCCACACUUGACUUCUUGUCCAAUUUUAGGUGAUCUUCUAUAAAACCAAGCAUUAUAACAGGUACUGUGUUCUGUAAGUGAAAUGCACUUUCUAUGAUGGCUGCACACAAUAGAACAGAACAGAAAAUUCUUGUUUUUGUCCAAAUUUGGAUUCUGUAAAAUUUGAGAAACAAAAACAUUGGGAAUGAUCAUAUUCUUGUUUUGAAGUAAAUAGAGCUUUUUGAAUUGAAUAACUCAUGCAUGAAGGAUAAGGUUCAUGGAACCGCUAUCAAGACAGUUGAGGCCUGUGAUGUCAGUUACAGCAAAUAAAAGUUGUAUGUGGCGACUUCCAAUAAAAAAGGUGAGCAGAGAGCAGUCGCUUUCUUUGAUUCAAAAUUUAAGACGUAAUUUUAAUUGCUGAAACAUAAACAAAAAUGUGACCUGAA